UGUUGAUGUAACUUUCGACGACGUAAAAGGAGCGUCCGCUUCACAUAUUCUUAGUGUCACUGUAAGCCUGGUAACCAAGCCUGCACGAACAAUGGUCCGGACCUGGCAAAUCAUCCUUCUGCUACUGACUGCCAAAAUGGCGUCGUCUGGCUUGACUAGGGAACGUCGAGCCUUCAGUGCAAAUUCACAACACAUUUACUCGCCAAGUUUGGGCUCGUAUUCCUUGGGAAACCCCCUGUAUAAAGCUUGCACUGAAAGGCCAACUAUUGCCAACGCUCAAGUACGUUGCUUAGUCAGUGGUUGCCGCGUGAAAUGUAACACCGGGUACAGGCUUCAGUCAGGCUAUGUGUCAGCUAUGCUGCUGUGUAAUCACAACACUGACCAACUCAUCUACCACUCCCGACCAUGGACGCCAUCACUUACCACCUGCACCAAUGUGUGAACAGUCGUGUGAGACAGUCUGUGACACUCUCCAGGGAAGUGUCCUUAAUCAGUGGAAUAAUAUAUAUGAAAAUGAUGGGAAUGUCUUGAUCCUCUGGAGAUAUGUCUUCCUUGUUGCUUUAUUGAUCAUUAUAUGUUUACUGUUCAUAUACCAAGAGGCAGUAAUACACUGGAAACCUCUCACGCUUCAUAUUUACUGUUUACAUACCAAGAGGCAGUAAUACACUGGAAACCUCUCACGCUUCAUGUUUACUGUUUACAUACCAAGAGGCAGUAACACACUGGAAACCUCUCACGCUUCAUAUUUACUGUUUACAUACCAAGAGGCAGUAAUACACUGGAAACCUCUCACGCUUCAUGUUUACUGUUUACAUACCAAGAGGCAGUAACACACUGGAAACCUCUCACGCUUCAUAUUUACUGUUUACAUACCAAGAGGCAGUAACACACUGGAAACCUCUCACGCUUCAUAUUUACUGUUUACAUACCAAGAGGCAGUAAUACACUGGAAACCUCUCACGCUUCAUAACGGGAUUUUUCUUUAAAAUGUGUUAUAAAAUUUUGUUAUAAUAAUUUUUUUGGCCUCAUUCAAAAAAAUUAUUUUAAGCUUUCAUAUAAAUAUCAUAAACUGUUUGUGUAAUGCAUUCUUGCUCAUGCUUUUAUUGAAGAAAUAAAUCUUGCAAAUAUCCA